CUCUCCCACCAAUUCCCAAGCCACCACAAUUUGCUAUCCCCGAAGACCUCGGAUUCCCGGUCCAACGGAUCACUAGUCCUCAAACCCGUCUAGCACACAACCCAAUACGAACACCAUGGUCCGUGGAGGGACGCGCGCCCGCACCGGGCUAUCGCUUUUUUUGCUCGCCAGCAGCGCGCUGGUAUGGAUCUCGGCCGUCAUCGUGAUGGGCAUCCUGGCCUAUCUGGUGUCCAAGGACCGGGGCGGCGACCAUAUCAUCUACGAGCUGGUGAUUGCUGUCUUGACGACUGCGUUUUACCUCCUCGCAUUCUUCUUCAGCGCCUACCCAGGCCAUGUCAUGAUGUUCAACCUGAUCUUCUCGUACCUCUGGAUUGUCGCGGUCUCCUUCACUGCUUCCGACUGGAGCUACAGCCACGACGCCCUGCUGCUCACGGCGGAGGCCUUCAGCUUUAUCGCAUUUUUCUUCCUCUUCUUCAACGUCCUGUACGACUGGCACUACGGCUUCAACCUGGGAGGCGCUCGGCCUCGGGCGGUCGUCUAGGCGGAGGCGCCCCCAAACAGGAGGCGAUCUGCGGCCAGUUCAUCGCGAGCAACCCAGCCUGGACCAGUGAGCGCAAUUUGCGGGAACCAUAACUGUAAUCGGGGUGCAGCAGGAUGACACAACCUGAGGUGAAAGAGAGCGUGGCGUGGGUCGCAUGGUUGGCGAGGUUCAUAAUCUGUAAGAGUUUAAGAGACUGUACGCGUGUUGUGCUUGCCUAGAGGAUAGAACAGCCUUUUGCAGUGGCCCUGGUGGGCUGCGUGGUGUAAGGUACUUGUGCCGCAAUGCUCCGGCCAGCCUCCAACAA